AUGGCUUCAAACGAUGCAACUCCCGGUCUAUCUCAUCUUCCUGGGGGGUGGAUAGAGACGCCUGCAGACCCUAGUCGCCAACAGUCAUAUAUCGGAUCACAACAACAAACACAUAAUGAUCCUGCCGCUUCAUACCCACACAAUGGGACUAGUGCACACCAUACCGUCAGCCAGAAUUACUACAGUGCAGGUGAUGCGGGUUUAUCUUCAGCGUCAAGCAACUCCACUGCGGUAGCGUCAACGGACGCGCAGACAUCGCGGAAUAUCACCAACGGACACCAGUUGCAAGACAGAGUCACUCAGGGUGGUGUUACGACCGAGCGUACUCGCAGUAACGGCUAUAUCUAUGAGACGUCAGGAGGGCCUGUCGAGCAGCAGGUGGAACUGGAACAUGACACAUCUGACUCUGAGCUUGAAGGAGAGCCAACAGCGACUAAGAAGAGCGGAACUGCGACAAGACCAAGCUUCAACUCAAAGAACUCGAGACUUAUGACGGAAGAGGACUUGUUUCGUGCGUUGUCUAGACGUAGAACGAGCCAGAGCAAUGGCUUGAGCAAGACCAACACUGGUGCGACAGGACACAGUCCCGAUGAGGAGGAUGAAAUCAACAACCUCAUGUCGAAGAUGUUUGGGCGUACGAGACAGGAGGCAUCAGAAGAGGAGAAAACCAGACAUCAAGGUGUGAUCUUCAAGCACCUGACGGUCAAGGGUAUGGGUCUCGGUGCAGCAUUGCAGCCAAGUGUUGGCGCAUUGUUCCUGGAUCCGGUCAGAUUUACCAAGAACCUCCUCACCAAAGGACCGCGCCAGGCUGCUGGCAAGCCUCCAGUACGCACCAUCCUAGAUGACUUCUCUGGUUGCAUACGACCUGGAGAAAUGGUACUUGUUCUUGGGCGCCCGGGUUCUGGAUGUUCGACUUUCCUCAAAAUGAUCGGCAAUCAGCGAUACGGCUUCGAGGAGAUCACGGGCAAGGUCUCUUACGGGGGCACCGAUGCGGACGAGAUGGCCAAGAAGUACCGAAGCGAGGUGCUCUACAACCCGGAGGAUGAUCUACACUAUGCGACACUGAAAGUCAAAGACACACUGAAGUUUGCUUUGAAGACAAGAACCCCAGGUAAAGAGUCAAGAAAGGAGGGCGAGUCUCGAAAUGAUUACGUCAAUGAGUUCCUACGCGUAGUAACCAAGCUUUUCUGGAUCGAGCACACACUUGGCACGAAGGUCGGAAAUGAGCUCAUCCGCGGUGUAUCUGGCGGUGAAAAGAAGCGUGUUUCGAUCGCAGAGGCCAUGAUAACCAAAGCUUCAGUUCAGAGCUGGGACAAUUCUACACGGGGUCUCGACGCUAGUACCGCUCUAGAAUACGUCCAGAGCUUGCGGUCUCUAACCAACAUGGCUCAGAUCUCGUGUGCAAUCGCUUUGUAUCAGGCUGGAGAGUCUUUGUAUGAUCUCUUUGACAAAGUCCUUCUGAUCCACGAGGGACGAUGCUGCUACUUCGGACCCACCGAGAAAGCUGCCGACUACUUCAAGAGUCUCGGCUUUGUCAAACCUGACCGCUGGACUACCAGUGACUUCCUGACAUCUGUCACAGAUGAACACGAAAGACAAGUCAAGGAAGGGUGGGAGGAUCGUAUCCCACGCACAGGUGCAGCCUUUGGAGAAGCCUUCGCCAAUAGCGAACAAGCUAAUAACAACUUUGCGGAUAUCGAAGAGUUUGAGAAGGAAACCAAACGUCAGGCUGAACAACGUCACGAGGCACGCACCAAAGCUACCAAGAAAAAGAACUUCACUAUAUCAUUCCCGGAGCAAGUCAUGGCAUGUACAAAGCGCCAGUUCCUCGUAAUGGUUGGCGAUCCGCAGUCCCUGGUUGGCAAGUGGGGUGGCAUUUUCUUCCAGGCUCUCAUUGUCGGAUCCCUUUUCUACAACCUCCCAAACAACGCCCAGGGUGUGUUUCCCCGUGGAGGUGUGAUAUUCUUCAUGUUAUUGUUCAACGCUCUCCUCGCACUCGCAGAACUCACAGCUGCAUUCGAGUCCAGGCCAAUUCUCCUAAAGCACGCAUCAUUCUCCUUCUAUCGACCAGCAGCUUACGCCAUUGCGCAAACCGUCAUCGAUGUGCCGCUUGUGCUUAUCCAGGUCAUCAUCUUCGACGUUGUGGUAUAUUUCAUGGCCAACUUGUCACGAACCGCCUCUCAAUUUUUCAUUUCUGUUCUCUUCUUGUGGAUCAUUACAAUGACCAUGUAUGCCUUUUUCAGGGCUAUAGGGUCAUUGGUCGGGUCUCUGGACGUUGCAACUCGGAUUACUGGUGUCGCUGUUCAGGCAUUAGUAGUAUACACUGGCUACCUGAUCCCUCCUCGGAAGAUGCACCCUUGGUUCUCUUGGCUGAGAUGGGUCAACCCCAUUCAAUACGGAUUCGAAGGUCUCCUUACCAACGAGUUCUACAAUCUUGAGAUUGAUUGUGUACCUCCUUUCAUCGCACCGCAGGUCCCAAAUGCGCAAGAGCAGUACCAGUCCUGUGCUAUACAAGGGAACCGACCCGGAUCUCUCACAGUCGCCGGCUCGGACUACAUUGCGGCCGCCUAUGGGUAUUCCAGGACGCACUUGUGGCGUAACUUUGGGCUCAUCUGCGCCUUCUUUCUAUUCUUCGUUGCGCUCACGGCGUUCGGCAUGGAGAUUCAAAAGCCAAACAAAGGUGGCGGGGCUGUGACCAUCUACAAGCGCGGUCAGGUUCCAAAGACAAUCGAAAAAGAAAUGGAGACGAAGACUUUGCCCAAGGAUGAAGAGUCUGGAAACAAAGAGGCUGUUACCGAGAAGCACUCAUCCAGCGACAAUGACGAGUCCGACAAGACAGUCGAGGGCGUCGCGAAGAACGAGACCAUUUUUACAUUCCAAGACAUCACCUACACCAUCCCAUACGAGAAAGGAGAGCGAACUUUGUUGAGCGGCGUGCAGGGAUUUGUGAAGCCAGGCAAACUUACCGCUCUGAUGGGCGCUUCUGGUGCCGGUAAGACAACAUUGUUGAACACUCUCGCGCAGCGUAUCAACUUUGGUGUCGUCCGUGGAGAUUUCCUCGUGGAUGGAAAGCCACUGCCGCAUUCCUUCCAACGCUCGACUGGUUUUGCAGAGCAAAUGGACGUUCACGAGUCGACGGCUACAGUACGGGAAGCAUUACAGUUCUCAGCACGACUGAGGCAGCCAAAGGAGGUGCCAAUCGAAGAAAAGUACGAAUAUGUCGAGAAGAUUAUUGAUCUGCUCGAGAUGCGCGAUAUCGCUGGAGCUGCGAUUGGUACUACUGGAAACGGCUUGAACCAAGAACAGCGGAAACGUUUGACUAUUGGUGUUGAGCUUGCUAGCAAACCCGAACUACUCAUGUUCUUGGAUGAGCCUACAUCCGGUCUCGACUCUGGUGCUGCUUUCAAUAUCGUUCGAUUUUUGCACAAACUCGCGGACGCUGGACAAGCUAUCCUCUGUACUAUUCAUCAGCCGAGCGCUGUGCUUUUCGAGCACUUUGACCAACUUCUGCUCCUCAAGUCUGGGGGUCGUACAGUCUAUUUUGGCGACUUGGGUCACGAUUCUCAGAAGCUCAUCGGAUACCUCCAAGACAACGGCGCAGAAAAGUGUCCACCAAACACGAACCCUGCUGAGUACAUGCUUGAAGUCAUUGGCGCCGGCAAUCCCGAUUACAAGGGUAAAGACUGGGCUGAUGUCUGGGAAAAGUCUUCUGAAAAUGGAAAGCUGACCCAGGAGAUCCAAGAGAUCAUCACCAACAGGCGCAACGCAGCGAAGAAUGAAGAGGCCCGGGAUGAUCGAGAAUACGCGAUGCCUUACCCCCAACAAUGGCUCACUGUUGUCAAGCGUAGCUUCGUAGCCAUCUGGCGAGAUCCUCCCUACGUCCAAGGUAUGGUCAUGUUGCAUAUCAUCACUGGUCUCUUCAAUGGAUUUACCUUUUGGAACCUCGGACAAAGUCAGAUCGACAUGCAGUCAAGGCUCUUCUCUGUCUUCAUGACUCUCACUAUUGCACCUCCGCUGAUUCAGCAACUGCAACCACGUUUCAUCAGCGUCCGUGGGAUCUACGAGUCGCGAGAAGGCAGCGCCAAGAUCUACGCGUGGACGGCUAUGGUCUGGGGGACCAUCCUCAGCGAGCUGCCAUAUCGAAUCGUGUCAGGAACCAUCUACUGGUGCUGUUGGUAUUUCCCACCGGGCUUCCCUCGUGACACGUACACUGCGGCGAGCGUGUGGCUCUUUGUGAUGCUCUUUGAGAUAUUUUAUCUAGGCUUUGGGCAAGCCAUUGCUUCCUUCGCUCCCAAUGAGCUCCUCGCAUCGCUGCUUGUACCGCUAUUCUUCACCUUUAUCGUAUCCUUCUGCGGUGUCGUAGUGCCGUAUGCAAGUCUGCCAAGUUUCUGGCAGAGCUGGAUGUACUGGUUGACGCCGUUCAAGUACCUGCUUGAAGGGUUCCUUGCUCUGCUUGUGGAAGGACAAGUCAUUAGGUGCGACAGCCGGGAAUUGGCGAUAUUCCCACCUCCGCCGGGCCAAAGUUGCCAAACAUACGCUGGUCAGUUUGCACGGCAAUCCGGAGGCUACGUGGAAACGCAGCCGGACGGCAACUGUGGGUUCUGUCAGUAUGCGACGGGCGAAGCGUUUGCUGCAUCGUUCAACGUCUUUCCGCGGUACAUUUGGCGCGACUUUGGCAUUAUGUGGGCAUACAUAUUCUUCAACUUUGCAGUCGUAUUCGUAUGCACAUGGCUUUACUUGGGCGGGUUGCGGCAGAUGAAAACAUUUUUCAGUCCGGCAGCUCGAAAACAAAAGAAGGAGAUGAAGAGUAAACAGGGCGGCGAUGCAGCGUAGAGGAUCGUGUGUUGGUUGGGUAGCAUUCGCCGUGUUCUGAGCAUUUGGGACCGGGAAAACUCGGGCUUGCCCGCGGCCGGGAUGCCCAGGGGGGAGGUUCAGGCUUGGGACGGCCCAUCCCAGUGCAGAAACAAGGGGCUUGUGUCCGUCUUGUGCAUGUUUCCCCGCGAAAUACCGUAUCUCGGUCUAGACGUGGUCGGAUUGUACGUGUACAUACAGCCGUGUUUGAGGUUGCUGGCGCAUGAUGGCGCUAUUGACAGGUAGUAUCACGAGGUGCAGAAUCUAACAUUAUUUCUUC